AUGUCGUUCAAGAGGAAGAUUGCACAAACUAAAAACUUCAUACAACGGAACGCCGAUUCCGGAACUGACCCCGCAAAUAUCUCAGUCAAUGAGUCAAAUAAUAAUGACGAUAUUGCAAUUCUGAAAGAGGAAAAAAGCACAACGUGGACAAGUGGUGUUGAUAAGAAGUUCAACACUGAGGUGGAAUACCCGGAAGAUAUUGAGGGUGAUGUCACGGAGACAGAAGUCAAGAGAGGAUUGAAGUCCAGACAUGUUGCAAUGAUUGCACUUGGUGGUACAAUUGGUACUGGUUUGUUUAUUGGUACGUCUUCUCCAUUGCAUGAAGCAGGCCCAGUAAACACCUUAAUUGCCUAUCUAUUUUUUGGUACUUUGGCGUACUCGGUCACCCAGUCUUUGGGGGAAAUGGCCACCCAUACUCCUGUUGCAGGUUCCUUUUGUACCUUCAAUGAGAGAUACUUAUCUAAAUCAAUUGGAUUUGCAACCAACUGGCUUUAUUGGUUCCAAUGGGGGAUUACCUUUGCCAUUGAAAUUUUCUCAGCUUCUCAAUGUAUUCUAUAUUGGACAGAUAGAGUGCCGGUAUGGGCGUGGAUUUUGAUCUUCUUUGUGACAAUCACAGCAGCUAAUUUUGUUCCAGUUCGAUAUUAUGGUGAAAUCGAAUUCUGGAUUGCCUUUAUCAAAAUUGUUACUAUUAUUGGGUUUUUGAUUUAUGCCCUCUGUAUGGUUUGUGGUGCUGGUAAGACUGGACCUGUUGGUUUCAGGUAUUGGAGACAUCCGGGCCCUUGGGGUGCUGGUGCUGGCCUAGUGUCUAAUACUAAUACAGACAGAUUCCUUGGAUGGGUUUCCUCCUUAAUCAACGCAGCAUUCACCUAUCAAGGUGUUGAAUUGACAGGUAUAUCUGCCGGUGAAUCUGCCAAUCCAAGAAAAACAGUUCCAAAGGCAAUCAACAAGGUCAUUUUUAGGAUCUUGCUGUUCUACAUCCUAUCUCUAUUUUUCUGUGGUUUGCUUGUUCCUUAUAACGAUCAUAGAUUAACUGAUGACGGUUCCUUCAUAUCUAAAUCUCCCUUUUUGAUUGCCAUCACUAACUCAGGUACAAGAGUUCUACCUCAUAUCUUCAAUGCAGUUAUUUUGACCACUCUUAUCUCAGCUGCCAAUUCCAAUGUUUAUAUUGGUUCAAGAGUUCUAUAUUCAAUGGCUGGUUCCACCGCUCCAAAGAUUUUUGCCAGAGUUGACCGGAAUGGUGUCCCCGUAUAUGGUGUUUUAUUCACAGCUGUUUUCGGUGCUUUGGCUUUCUUGAAUGUCUCCAAUUCAGGUACUACAGUCUUUAAUUGGUUAAUGAACAUCUCAGCAUUGGCAGGUUUGAUUUGUUGGUGUUUUAUUACUGCUGCACAUAUCAGAUUUAUGGAAAUUCUCAAAUCCAGAAACAUAUCCAGAGACACCCUACCUUUCAAGGCAAACUUUGGACUAACAUUUGCUUGGAUCACUGAGUUCUUCCUAGUACUGAUUGUCUUUAUUCAGGGGUAUGCUGUUUUCUUUGAUUUCCAAGUGAAUGAUUUCUUUGCAAAUUAUAUUUCGUUGAUGCUUAUUGUUGUUACUUGGAUUAUUGCACAAACGACUCUAUAUAGAAAGGAACCAUUAUUGAUUCCACUAGACGAAAUUGACAUUGAUUCAGAAUCAAGAAAAAUAUACGAAGAAGUUUGGGAUGAAGAUGAGGAUAAUUCCAAAACCUCUUUCCUCGAUAGAUUUUGGGAUGCAAUUAUUUGA